AUGUGCCUGACGGGAAGACGCCCAGCUCCCGCCGAGCGGCACGGCGCAUGCGCCCCCUCCCCGCGGCGCCAGGGGGCGCUGUGGCGCGGUCCCCGCUCCCCCCUCCCUUCCCCUUCCGGCGGCGGUGCCAUGGCGGCCGAGGGGACGGCGGCGGCAGAGCUGCAGGCCGAGGGGGAGCCCGGCGACGAGGCGGAGGGCGGCGGCUUCGGGCAGCUGCUGGAGGACGAGGAGGGCGAGGACGGCGGUUACGUGCUCUACAGGGACAGGAAGGAGUGGGCAGACGUUGAACCAGUUCCUCAGAACGACGGGCCGAAUCCCGUGGUUCAGAUCAUCUACAGUGAAAAGUUUCGAGAUGUCUAUGAUUACUUCCGGGCUGUUCUGCAGCAGGAUGAGAGAAGUGAAAGAGCUUUCAAGCUAACAGCAGAUGCCAUUGAGUUAAAUGCUGCAAACUACACAGUAUGGCACUUCCGGAGGGUCCUCCUGCAGUCCUUAGGAAAGGAUCUUUAUGAGGAACUUAAGUACAUUACAGCUAUUAUUGAAGACCAACCAAAGAACUACCAAGUCUGGCAUCAUAGACGAGUGCUGGUAGAGUGGCUGCAGGAUCCAUCCCAAGAGCUUGAGUUCAUAGCUGACAUUCUUAACCAGGAUGCCAAAAAUUACCAUGCUUGGCAACACAGACAAUGGGUUAUUCAGGAGUUCAAGUUAUGGGACAACGAACUGGAAUAUGUAGACCAACUUCUGAGGGAGGAUGUCAGAAACAACUCUGUUUGGAACCAAAGAUACUUUGUAAUUUUCAACACCACUGGCUAUGAUGAUCCAGCAGUCCUAGACAGAGAAGUCCAAUACACUCUUGAGAUGAUCACAGCAGUACCACAUAAUGAGAGUGCUUGGAACUAUUUAAAAGGGAUUCUGCAGGAUCGUGGUCUUUCUAAGUAUCCAAAUCUGCUAGAACAACUGUUGAGUUUACAGCCCAGCCACAGCUCGCCCUAUCUGAUUGCCUUUCUCGUGGACAUCUAUGAAGAUAUGCUUGAAAACCAGUGUGAUAACAAGGAAGAAACGCUAAACAAGGCGUUAGAGCUCUGUGAAAUUCUGGCUAAAGAAAAAGACACCAUCCGAAAGGAGUACUGGAGAUACAUUGGAAGGUCCCUUAAGAACAAGCACAGCUCCGGCACUGAACAGAGCACACUGACAGACAAGCAGCAGUAACUGAACUUGGAAGAAGCAGUGUUAAGCUCUCAACCUGUUGUAAAAGAGUACUAAGUAGAGGACAUCAACUAAUGUAAAAGCCAGUGUAGUAUUUCCCUGGCCAAAGAGGUAUUGCUGCAAUGAAGAAGUGCAGAGCGCAGUAUAGUCUCUUGGGUCACCGCUGCUACUGGUGAUAGAUAGCUCUGGGUGCAGCAGAGAAAUGUAAUUAAGGCUUAAUUAUUUAAAUGUACCAAAUAGAGGAUUUAUUUCAUAAUAGGAAAUAUAUAAAGCUAUAUGUGCUAUUUAUACAGCACUAAACCAAUUUCUCACAUCUAGGCUUAUCCACAUGGUGUUCCUAACAGCCAUAUCAGGCGCUGCAGGAAUGACUGCAAGUAACACUAGGCGUAGAUGGUAUAAAGUAACCUGCUUCAGAUUAGUGCAAGUAGGUGCUCUAGUUGCCUCUCGUGGGUGCAGCUGUGCAGCAUUGGCAGCAUGUGCUAUUGCAUGCAACUAACACCAACUGUCAUUUUGAAUAAAAAAAGAUAAC